AUGAUAGAAAAACAGUCAAGCGAAAGAAAAGAAAAUACAAUACGUUACUACGUGCUGCUCGCCAGCUACGUGAGUUUCGUCGUCGCUCCCCUCGUCGGCCUCGAUUUCCGAAUCAUCAACAACAUCACCGACUACGCGCCCGGUCGCAAGCUCGUACUUCAAUCCUCCUUUCCCUUCGAGUACUAUCGCACUCCUUACUUCGAGCUUGUGCAAGCCGGCCAGCGGUUGGCCACCUUCUUCGCGGGCGCAUCCAUCUCCAUCCCGGACAAUUACUUCGGCGCGCUGGUCUUCCACCUGAGCGCCCAGUUUGAGAUCCUUGCCGACAGAAUCGAACUUCUUGGGCAACAGCGGCAGGAGGGCGACGACGACGACGACGACGACGACGCCCGUCUCAUGACUAAGCGUCAGUUCACGGACAAUGUCAAGGCCUUCGUCGACAGACACGUGCACCUUAUUUCAAUCGCCGCAGCCGUCGAAAGCUCCUUUUGUUACGUGAUGCUGGCUCAAGUGUUCAAUACCUCGCUGAUGCUUUGCUGCGCAGGCUUUCAGAUUUUAGGAUUGCCGUUUGCUUCUAAUUGCUAUGUUACGCAUUUUUUUUAUUUGAUCUUUCUAUUUGCUUCGUUACUUCGAUAA